AUGAUCUCUGCAUCUCUUUACAUUUGGGUACUCUGGACCAUUGUAACAGGUGCAACACAAGUAGUUCACAACUCAAUUCAGACUAGCACCGUUGGAGAAAAUGUGACCUUGCAUUGUCAGUUGGCUGAACACUAUGAUGUUGUUCAGGUCACCUGGCAGAAGGAGCAUGGAAAAGACAAGACGAACAUAGCAACUUACAGCAAGACUCGCGGCUCUAAAGUGCUGGGCCAUUAUAAGAAUCAUGUGCAGAUAUCCCAAAGUGGACUGAGUGCUUCUGCGAUCACCUUUUAUGCUGUCACACUAAAGGAUGAAGGCUGUUACAACUGCAUCUUCAAUACAUUUCCCUUAGGAUCCAUCCCAGGCAGGACAUGCCUCAAAGUUUACACUCUGUCAGAACCUAAAGUGGAUGUGAAGCGUGUUACUAGUCCAGACAACGCAGAAGGAGAAGCACUAGAAAUCAGCUGCUCAGUAACAGGGAGACCAGCUCCAGUGAUCACCUGGAAAAUCAGCAAACAUCUUCAGAUAGAGCCAAGCCAGUAUGUCAUCAAGUACCCAAACCACACAGUGACUGUUGUGAGUAAUUUCACUCAUCUCUCGCCUAAGAACAUUUGGAAGAACUCAAUAAUCUGUGUCGUUCAGCAUCCAUCUUUGAAUACUACACAGGAGUUGACUUUACCUGAGAUUGUAACAGAACAAGAACAAAAUGAAGAUCCAGGGAUUGCUGUUGUUAUAACGAGCUGCAUAUCAGUUGUGAUCUUGGUCUUGGGACUAGUGAUCGUUACCAUCUUCUGUUGGAGGAGAUCACUUCCAGUAGAUAAAAAACAUGUUCUCCCGCGUUGGGUCCUUCCGUCAUGUCCUGGAAUUGAAACGUGCAGAAAAUAUUCCUACACUGGAAACCAAGUUGCAGUGCAACCACUUCAUGAAGGAAAUCUUCUGAACAGAUGA